GUUUUAUCAAGAAACGUUGGAAACAGACGAUGAAAAAGAAGACAAGAGCAAAGCCAAAGCAGACGAUGAGGCUGCAAAAGAGAUGGAAGUGGAUUUGGAGGACUCGAAGAAAUUGCAGAAAGAGUCGAAGGACGAAGAUAACGACGAGCAUGAUAGAAGUCGAACUCCGACGCCGGAUAAUGAAUUUGACGACGAGAAAGGCUCGGACUCGCUCGAAGACCCCGCAGCUGCCGUAAGCGAAGCUCUGAGCAAAGAAGAGCCGGUGACGGUCGACUCGCGACCUAUUAGAGUUUUAAAGAGUGUUUUGCUACUUCAAAAGCGCAAGGGGGCUAAAAAGACAUUAAAGUGGAAGACCGAUCUGGAGUCAAUUCGGUACUUUGAGCUCGACGAAACUGAGCGGGUGAACGUCACGAAGUCGUCCUUCACCGACAUGAAGCUGCUAGACAAAAUGAACGAGCACGAAGCUUUCCAGAUGGCCAGAAAAUUAAAUGGCGAAGACGUUAUGGAGGAGAAAACGAUGUGGAAGCCAUUGAUACCGAUAGACACGCCCCCAGCACUUGUAGAGCCCGGAAAAGACAGUCGAGAAAAAGACAUACAGUACGCUCGAGAAAAGGGAAUUCUUCAAGCUCUUUACUUCCACCGUGGCAUGAUACCGGAAUCUGCUGCAGAACCUGAUGAAGAACGCCACCAUAUUUAUAUAGAUCCGAAAAUUAUUCCACUGGACGAUUUAACAGGCAACAAGGAGAGCGAAAAAGAUUACUCUAAUGUGCCGUGGCCGGAACCGAAGCCUCAGCCAGCUGUCUCAACGACCAGCGUGCCCAGCUCAUUUUUCCAAACAUUCCGACCAAACCACACAAUCAACAAUAUUUCCCCGAUAAGUGUGCCAUCGCAGAUAAACGCGAUGCCUCAGCAAAUGAUCAGUCCCAUGGCACCCGAAAUACCAAACUCAUUGCCCCCGAUAAGCAGCGGUGGUGGUGGUGGUGGCUGGAGAACAGGAGACGGCAAAAUUGUGGUUCCCGAUCCCAGUAUAACGCCGAUGCCCAGCAUGAAUGCGACUUAUCCCCAAGGCAUGGACGUUGUUGCUCCCAUGGCAUCUCCUAAUAUGAUGAGUGCACCCAUGUAUAAUCAGGAGGGCUACGUUAUGGCACCCGAUGAGAUGAAUUACAAUUAUAAUCAGGGUCCGCAUGGACCGAACAUGUACGGGCCUGGAGGCCCACCGCCAUCUGGUGGACCACCCGGACCGCCACCGUACCAAGGACCGAGGGGCCCGCCGAUGCAUGGAAACCGAGGAAGAGGGGGUCCUGGCUGGUUUAGAGGAGGUCCACCUCGUGGCAUGCCCUGGAGAGGAGGCUGGAGGGGCAACAACAAACAGCAGUCUAUUUGUAGACAGUUUAAGGCAGGACACUGUCGCAUGGGUGACAAGUGCCACUUUUUGCAUCCUGGACAAAAUUGCCCACCGUUCUAAAGUUCGAAUUUUAUUUGAAAGCUUUGUUAGUAUCUAACUGCUUGUUGAACGGUGGUUUAACCACACUCUCUAAUGUGAUAGUGCAGUCUUGGAUGAUGCACCUCCUUUUUUUCACGGCGUUUCAUAGUUUUAAGGGAGCACACGCUGAUGACGGCUGAUAAUGACAACUUGUCUACUACAACAAUGUUAUUGGCUGAUUUUACUGGUUGGGAAUGAAAACUUAUUGAUUCGUGAAUGUUUAAGUGUAAAAUCAGUGACCACGGUGAAUUGAUUGUGGAUUUCUUAUGAAAUCCAAUGAAAACGGACGUCGUUUUGUUGCUUAUCGUAUUUUGUAAAUAAUACAAAUAAGUAUUGCAAAAUAUCGAAAAUAGCCAGUUAAUUUUUACUUGUAUAUCACAGAGGUUUAUUUAUGCCAAUAAUUCUUGUAUAUACUGUAGAAUUUUGUAAAAAAAAAAAAAAAACGACUAGUUGUAAUUAUAUCAAGAGACUGUUUUACUGAGUCUACAUGAUGGAAAAAUACUGGUUCAAGAACUGAUGUACGGAAAUGUUGAAAAAAAAUUUGAUAAGUAUAUUAUGAUUGCAUAAUAAUUUUGAUUACAGAUGGUCCAAGUCAAUGACAGUUUUAAAAUAUGUUGGCUGAUAUAAAUAAUAACAGUUUUUAUAACUAAUUACGGGAAAUGGUUAAUUUUGUACACAAAUGAUCAUUAUUGUUUGUAAAUAUAGAUUUGUUGUAAAUUAAAUCCAUUAUAAAUACACGCUACACAUCAUUUAAAAUAA